AUAUUGCACUAGUGGGCUCCCAGAUGAGCAGCAUUUUCAAUGCCUUGAUUUGGGUAUUUCCAAUAAAGGGGUCAGUGGUACUGCGCAUUUUUGCCUUUCCCGCUAUCAUACAACUCAUACGCUGCAUUGAAAUUAUCAAAAAUCAUCUUUAACCAUGUGACAGAGCAUAGGCUAUGGGGAUUUAUGCGAAAUAAACGCAAUUUAUUUCCCGAACAAAACAACCCGGAAAUGUGUGCUUUGCCAGCGCAUUCCCCCUCGCUCCUCUUCCUCUCCGUAUUGAAGUGAAGCCCUCGAACAGAAAGGAGACGGGGAUACGAAGUAGCGGUGAUGCGGGGCAUGAUGGGUCUGAGAUUGCUUGUCUCGCUCGCAUGGAUUCUUGCCUUCAAAGCUGCUAAUAUUCAAGGUGUGAAUGCCGACGAGGAUCAGUCUCAAGAUAUGGAAUGCAAAAUGAAAAGCGUCACCGUGUCUGCGUUGCCGUUUUUGAGAGAAAACGACCUGAGCAUCAUGCAUAGUCCGUCGGCCUCCGAGCCCAAGCUUCUGUUUUCCGUCAGAAAUGAUUUCCCGGGAGAAAUAGUGGUCGUGGACGAUCUAGAAAACACUGAACUCCCCUUUUUCGUCCUAGAGAUCACGGGAAACUCGGAGGAUAUUCCUCUGGUGCGAUGGCGGCAACAGUGGCUGGAGAACGGCACGUUGCUCUUUCAUAUCCACCACCAAGAUGGUAGCCAGAACCUCCCCGGCCUCUCCGCCACAGACGAUCCUGCCAGCGACUCUGCCGAGGAGGAGCUACGCAUCCUCCACAUCUCUGUCAUGGGAGGCAUGAUCGCUUUGCUCCUCUCCAUCCUCUGCCUAGUCCUCAUCCUCUACACGCGUAGGCGGUGGUGCAAACGCCGCCGUGUGCCCCAGCCCCAGAAGAGCGCCAGUGCAGAGGCGGCCAAUGAGAUCCACUACAUCCCUUCGGUGUUGAUGGGAGGCCAGGCCAGGGAGAGCCUGAGAAACUCCAGGGGCCAGGGCCACAAUUCCAGCAGCACGCUCAGUAUCCGAGAGACUCCCAUCCUGGAUGGCUACGAGUAUGACAUCACUGACCUGAGACACCACCUGCAGAGAGAGUGCAUGAACGGAGGAGAGGACUUUUCCAGCCAGGUCACACGCACCUUGGACUCCCUUCAGGGCUGCAAUGACAAGGCCAGCAUGGACCUGACACCUGGUGAGUGGAGUGACAAUACAAAGUUGUCCCUAAUGAGCAAGUACAAGGACAACAUCAUUGCCACCAGCCCUAUCGACAGCAAUCACCUGCAGCAGAACACUCUCCUCCUCCACAACACCUCCACUGGCCAACGCAAACAACGUCUGUCCAGCAAAACUCGUGUGGGUUCAACCUUCUUGAACCCAGACGGGGACUCUGGCACGGAGGCCGACAGCGAACCUCAGCUGACCUUUUACACUGACCCCAAUCGCAGCAGGCGGCGCAGCCGAGGUAUGAGAAAUGGUAACGCCAACAGCGCGUGGGGCUCAGGGGCAGGUUCCCCACGAAGCCCCAUCAAUAAGACCACCCUGACUUUGAUCAGCGUUGUCAGCUGUGUGAUCGGCCUGGUGUACUCCUCACACCUCUCCUGUGGCCUCAACGUCAGGGUCAUCCUCCAUGUGCCCGAGCACCUCAUAGCAGACGGGUCCAGGUUCAUUUUGCUGCAGGGCAGUCAACUGGAUGCAUCUGACUGGCUUAACCCGGCCCAGGUGUUACUAUACUACCAGCAGAAUGCCAGCGGGCCUUGGAUCAAUGAGCUGUGUGGCCGCCGCAUUCUGGACCCCUGUGAACACCAGUGUGAUCCAGAGACAGGUGACUGUCUCUGCUUAGAUGGCUACAUGAAGGACCCUGUCCACAAGCAUCUCUGUAUUCGUAACGAGUGGGGUCCAAAUCAAGGACCCUGGCCUUACAAUAUUUUCCAGCGUGGUUUUGAUCUGGUGAUGGGAGAACAACCAUCUGAUCGCAUUUUCAGGUUCACAUACACAUUGGGGGAAGGGAUGUGGUUACCAUUAAGUAAAAGCUUUGUCAUUCCACCUGCUGAGCUGGCAAUCAACCCUUCAGCCAAGUGCAAGACUGAUAUGACUGUCAUGGAGGAUGCUGUGGAUGUGAGAGAAGAGCUGAUGAUCUCCUCAUCGUUUGACAGUCUGGAGGUUUUACUGGACUCAUUUGGCCCAGUGCGCGACUGCUCAAAGGACAAUGGUGGUUGUAGCCGAAACUUCCGCUGCGUCUCUGACCGAAAGCUUGAUUCCAGUGGAUGUGUGUGCCCUCCUGGACUGAGUCCCAUGAAGGAUGGCACAGGCUGCUACGACCACCACAUUGGCAUCGACUGCUCUGACGGCUUUAACGGAGGCUGUGAACAACUGUGCCUCCAGCAGCUUGCCCCCCUGGAGGACGACCCCACCCUUUACAACAUCCAGAUGUUCUGCGGUUGUAUUGAGGAUUACAAGAAAGGUCAAGAUGGUCGUUCCUGCCAGCCCCUGUCUGAAGCCUGUACCGAGGGACUGGACUGUGGGGAGACAGCUGACAUCCCAGCCAACCAAACCGUUUUUGGGGAUCUCUUCUAUGGCUACAACAACCACACCAAGGAGAUCACCUCUGGGCAGAUCCUCAAAGCUACCUUCAGGCAGAAGAACUUUGCCCGAGGCAUCGAGCAGCAGCUCCCAGAUGGCAUGGUUGUGGCAUCAGUUCCAACCGAGGUGCAAUGCCACGAAGAGCUGUCAGACCCAGUCCCUGACCCAGACUAUCUCACAGGAAUGGUAAACUACAGUGAGGUCUCUGGGUACCCACUCAUCCAGCAAUGGCGGCUGAGGUCCGUCCUGUACCACGUCAAACUGAACCAGUGGGUACUCUCUCAAGCGUUCAGCUCUGCCAUCCACUCCCUGGACGGUGCCACCCUCCGCAGUGAUUUUGUCUCCAUCCUCAGGGAGUUUGGUAAUCACUUUGUACAAGAGGCAGUGUACGGCUUCGAGGAGGCCUGCACUAUCUGGUACCCCAACAAGCAGGUCCAGAGGCAGCUGUGGCUGGAGUACCAGGACAUCAGCAAAGGGAAUUUUCCAUCAGAAGAGUCAGAGGAGCGUGACAAGGAGCCCCGGACCCUGACCUACCCAGCAUACAUCGCCAGCCUGCUGGACUCCGGUGCCAAGCGCAUGGCGGUGGGGGUUCGCAUGGACUGCAGCAGCCAGGGCCAGUGCCCGUACUCCUGCCACCUCUGCCAUAUGAGCCCUGGGCCUGGGCGUCCAGCCGAGCCUGUCCUGCUCCAGAUCACUAAGGCCACCCCGCUCUACGAGCUGGUCUCCAAUAACGAGACCUACCAGGCACUGCAGGAGGCCAUGAUGAGCAUGCUGUGGUGUUCUGGGAAAGGUGACGUCAUCGAUGACUGGUGCCGUUGCGACUCGAAUGCAUUCGGGACAGACGGCCUGCCAACAUGUGCCCCUCUCCCCCAGCCUAGGCUCAGGUUGUCCCACUCCUAUGAGCCCAGCAGUUCAUUGGUCAUCAUGGAAUGGAAUCACACUGAGCCACUAAUUGGGGUGCGGAUUGUUGAUUACCUCAUCAGCCAGGAGAAGGUGACAGAGAGGACAGACCACUCCAAAGUGGAGACAGAGACGAUGUUGAGCUUUGUGGAUGACAUCCUGUCUGGGGCCAAGUCUCCGUGUGUGAUGCUUGGGGAUAUCCCUGACCUCUUGACCUCCUCCGUGAGCAUGAUCAUUCGCUGCCUGGAGCCAGACACCAGUUACAUGUUUAGGCUCUGGGCAGUGGACAACACAGGCCGUCGCUCCAGUCCUACUGAGGUCACCAUCAAGACCCCCUGUCCUGCUGUGGAUGAUGUCAAAGCACAAGAGAUUUCAGACAAGAUCUACAACCUGUUCAAUGGUUACACAAGUGGCAAGGAGCAGCAGACGGCCUACAAUACGCUGAUGGAACUGGGCUCUCCCACCCUGCACCGUGUGCUCUACCACUACAACCAGCGUUACGAGAGCUUCGGAGAGUUCACCUGGAGAUGCGAGGAUGAACUGGGGCCCAGGAAAGCUGGUCUGAUUCUCUCCCAGCUGGACGACCUGAGUGGCUGGUGCAGGAAUCUUCUCCAGGAGCCCAAGAUCGGCCUGCGCAGGAUGUCCCUCAAGUACCUGUCCUGCCGCUACACAGACACCAAGGCCUUUGGUCUCAACUGGGUGGACCUAGGCCAGGAUGUGCGAAAGGCCUGCGACGAACAGAACCUGCCAGUCAUGUACAAUGAUUAUGGGGAGCCCAAAGAACGUUGAACGUCACACAGCAAAUAAUGCGUCUUGAGGAUCUGUAAGUGUGUAAUUGUGCUUUUGGGAUUAUCAUCAUGUCUGCUUUUUAAUUAUUGUGUGUUCUAACCCUUAUUUAUUGUUAUAGGAACCUGAUUUCAAAGUAGGGUGGGUUUGAGAGGUGAGGAGGGUUUAUUUAAAAUAUUAUUAGAGCAAGAUAUAACAAUAAUGCACAUGUACAGUAACAAAGUGUACAUGUACCUUUCUCAAUGCUUAAUUGCAUUUAGACAGCACUUUUCAUGACUUUUUGGACGUUUGGAAGUUGCACCAACAAUCCUGAACCCCAAAAAUGUAUAUAUUAGGAUUAUGAAGAUUUUGUUAUUUACUGUAACAUGUUGAAUGUAGUAUUCAAGUAUACAUUCAUAUUUAAGCUAUUGUACAGGUCUUUUGUAUUUAGACAGUCAGUAUAUACAUUAGUGGUCAUUUCAGAAGGUUGGGAGGUCAUGUACAGACAGCGUGGCUCUAAAUGGUAAAAGUUACCAAACCCAAAUGACAGCAUUUGCUACAUCAAUGAAUUCCUAAUCAUUCUGAAAUCAACAAAUGGCUAUCUUUGAAUCAGCAUUUCUAUUACAAAAUGAAAGAUAACAGCAAAUCAAUGUUUUACAUUGUUUAUCCGUAGUAUGUUUAGAAAUUUAAAUUUGUAUGUGUCUUAAGAAUAUACAUGAUGUGAUCCUGUAAAAACACUAAUACCUUUGAUACCUUUGUUUUACUAUAAUACGUUUUCAUACAUUUAAAACAAUAGCAUUUCAAAGCAGCACACACUUGCAAUUAAUAUAAACCAAAUGCAGAGUGUUUUCUUUAAAAAACAAUUAUGCUCCUCACACAUUUUGAUAAUGCAAUAGUUAUCCCCAUUACAUGGACUUGAAAACAAAUGCUUGAAGAUAUUUUCAUAGGUUCACCAAUGCAUCAAAUAACAGCACAGUGGUUAGCUUCUGUACAUUUUGUAUUACAAAUGAUUUCUAUUAUAACAUUAAUAACAGUGGGCCUCAGCUGUAAGGAUAUGUCUUUCAUUAUGAGAAAACCAUUGGUAGGUAUGCUUUUUUUUGUUUCAAUUUGCACACGAGAGGUGUGAGCAUUCAUUAUGUAUACAUGUUUUGUGUAUGUUUGCAAUAUUUUUAUUCUGAGACUGUUUCCCAAAAUAAUGGAGAGGUUUGUUUUAUCAAUACAAUGAAGUGGAUUACAAAAAUGGACAGAUUAUAAUGCUUAACAAAUGUUAUUAUCCAUCAGAAGUGCAUCAGAAUUGUUACCAUACACAUCAUAAAGCUGAUGGAAACUAAAGCGGAGGAAAACUAACAAAAAUCUGCAUGUUAUACUAUUAUGUCUAUGUGGAUAAUCUAAUGUUCCCUUUUUCCCUUUGAUCUUUGCUAUUUCAAAGAAUAAUAAACAAUAUAUUAUGACAUUUUGGAAUGUUGGAUGUUCUAAAAAAAAAGUUUCCUGAUCAGUCACCAUGUCUAGGUCUAGUUCAUUUUCAGUCAGUUAACUCAAGUUAACUCAUGUCGCACUGAUUGGAGUAUUUCUUAGGGAUUGUUGAGCCUCAAACGCGAUGGUUUAAACCAAAUAACAACGCCAAAAGACAUGUUAAGUCUCGGCUCAGCUUCUCACUUAUACACUGAGUGCACAAAACACAAAACAGCACCUUGCACCCCUUUUUGACCUCAGAACAGCCUCAAUUCGCCAGGGCAUGGACUCUACAGAUGUGGGGGGUAAUAGUUAUUUACGGGGCAAUAGUCAUUUAGACAGGUUACCUUGGCGUUCUUGGGCACAGGGACUAUGGUGGUCUGCUUGAAACAUGUAGGUAUUAUAGACUGAGUCAGGGAGAGGUUGAAAAUGUCAGUGAAGACACCCGCCAGCUGGGCAGCGCAUGCUCUGAGUACACAUCCUAGUAAUCUGUCUGGCCCCGCAGCCUUGUGAAUGUUAACCUGUUUAAUUAAAGGUCCUACUCACAUAGGCUACCGAGGGCGAGAUCACGCAGUCAUCUGGAACUGCUGGUGCUCUCAUGCAUGGUUCAGUGUUGCUUGCCUCAAAGUGAGCAUAGAAGGAAUUUAGCUUGUCUGGUAGGCUCGCGUCACUGGGUUUCCCUUUGUAAUCUGUGAUAGUUUGCAAGCCCUGCCACAUCCGACGAGCAUCAGAGCCAGUGUAGUAGGACUCGAUUUUAGUCCUGUGUUGACGCAUUUCCUGUUUGAUGGCACAUCAUGACCUUUGGUUGGUGGACCAUUCUUGAUACUCACGGGAAACUGAUGAAUGUGAAAACGCAGCAGCUUUGCAGUUCUUGACACACCCAAACCAGUGUGCCUGGCACCUACUACCAUACCCCGUUCAAAGGCACUUAAAUAUUUUGUCUUGCCCAUUCACCCUCUGAAUUGCAGAAAUACACAAUCUAUGUCUCAAUUGUCUCAAGGCUUAAAAUACAUAUUUAACCUGUCUCCUCCCCUUCAUCUACACUGAUUAAAGUUGAUUUAACAAGUGAAAUCAACAAGGGAUCAUAGCUUUCACCUGGAUUCACCUGGUAAGUUUAUGCCAUGGAAAGAGCAGGUGCUCCUAAUGUUUUGUACACUCAGUGUAUAUCCUUAGGGGCACACGAUGUAUGCAAGAUACUAAAGAGCUAAAUGCCUUCAAUGCUCGCUUCGAGGCAAGCAACACUGAACCAUGCAUGAGAGAACCAGCUGUUCCAGACAACUGUGUGAUCUCACUCUCGGUAGCCGAUGUGAGUAAGACCUUUAAACAGGUUAAUAUUCGCAAGGCCAUGGGGCCAGAGUGUUUACAGACAUAUUCAAUCUCCCUAUCCUCCCCCUUUACCCCGCUAUCAUCCAGAAGGCGAGGUCAAUACAGGUGCAUCAAAGCUGGGAACGAGAGAUUGAAACAAAUACAGAAUACACACAAAAGACAAAGUGUCACAAGUUAAAGAUACAAUUGAAGAUUAGAAACAACUCCAGUUAUCACAAACAGUGUUGUCGAUCAGAGUCUAAAAAACAGGCAAGGACACUAAAUCCCAUAACUUUAAAAUCUUCUGAAGCAUGUUCCAGGAUGAAGGGGCAUUAUGGGAAAAAUAUGUUAUCCCCAUCUCAGUUCUAGCCUUAGGAACAGACAUGGACAGCAGCGACUGUGAACAAAGACUAUAUUUAGUGACUGAGCAGAGAUACGAAGGGAGUUGUCCCAUCAAUGCUUUGUACACAAAAGUGUCCCAGUGCUUUAGCCUCCUGGUGGAGAGAGAGGUCCAUUGUACCAUAGCAUACAAAUCACAGUGAUGGGUAAGUGAUCAAGCAUUUGUAAUAAAUCUUAAAGCACAAUGGGUCCAGAGUUUUCAAGGUACUUGCUGAGGCCUGCAUAUAGACAAUAUCACCAUAAUCCAGCACAGAUAAAAAAGUGCUUUGAACAAUAUAUUUUCAGACUAACAUUGAAAAGCAUGAUUUGUUCCUGAAAUAAAAAUCCAAUUUCAACUUCAGUUUCUUGGUCAAGGUAUCAAUGUGCUGUUUAAAAUUCAACUUUUCAUCUAACCAAAUCCCAAAAUACUUAUAGGAGGGGACCCUAUCAUAUUUCUGGCCUGUUAUAGUUAAAAUCUGCAAGUGACUAUCUGUUAACUUUCAGGGAAGAGAAAAGCAUAAACUUUGUUUUCCUUCCAUUAAGCACAAGUUUCAAUUGGAAAAGCUGCCUUCGAAUAACAUCAAAGGCCAACUGUAAGUCCUGAAAAGCCUUCUCAAUAUUAGAUGCUCUAGAAUAAAUAAUUGUGUCAUCAGCAUAUAGAUGGAGAUUUGCAGAGUCAACAGUCUUCCCUUUAUCAUUUAUAUACAGUGUAAAAAGGAUCGGACGUAAAAUUGAGCCCUGGGGAACUCCUUUUGUAAACCUUCGAAACUCAGAUUUCAUACCCUCCUUAGCUACACACUGUGUUCUGUCAGAAAGGUAGUUUUGGAACCAUUCCAAUGCAUCAACACUUAAACUAACCUUUUUUAGUCUAUACAACAGCAGGGCAUUGUCAACAGUGUCGAAGGCCUUCGAUAAGUCAAUAAAAGUUAAACACAGGGAUUUGUCAUGUCCUGAGCAUCUAGAAUAUCACCUACAACCUUACAACAGUAAUUGUACUAUACUUGGCUCUAAAACCCGACUGGAAUUGAGAUAAAACUGAGUUAUUAUAAAGAAAGUCUUUGAACUGUGAGUUCACCAGGUUUUCCAAAACUUUUGCCAUCGCUAGCCGGCUUCCACCCGGUUACGCAACUCUGCAACUUAGAGGCUGCUGCCCUAUAUACAUAGACAUGUAAUCACUGGCCACUUUAAUAAUGGAACACUAGUCACUUUAAUCAUGUUUACUUACUGCUUUACUCAUCUCAUAUACAUAUACUGUUUUCUAUUAUACUGCAUUUUUGUCAAUGCCACUCUGACAUUGCUCAAUCUAAUAUUUAUAUAUUUACUUUUACUUUUAGAUGUGUGUGUAUUGUUGUGAAUUGUUAGGUACUACUGCAAUGUUGGAGCUAGGAACACAAGCAUUUCGCAACGCCCGCAAUAACAUCUGUUAAAUAUGUGUAUGUGACCAAUAAAAUUCGAUUUGAUUUGA